GCUUCUGUCCCGGAGCGCGGUCGGGGCUGGAAUUGUAAGGGUGGGAGGGGAGCGUGCGAGCGGGAUCCCCAGCCGCCGAGCGCGCUACCCCUCGUUCUGCCGCAGAUGACUCGGGAGCUUGGGUCCAAGCGUCGCCCAUGCAACAUCCCUGUGCUCCGCCGACCGAGAGUUGAUGAUACAACUCUUAAUUGUCUUCGCUGCCGGGAGCCAUGAGCUGUCUGGAUGUUAUGUACCAAGUCUAUGGUCCUCCCCAGCCUUACUUCGCAGCCGCCUACACCCCCUACCACCAGAAACUAGCCUAUUACUCCAAAAUGCAGGAAGCCCAAGAGUGCAACGCCAGCCCCAGCAACAGCAGCGGCAGCGGCAGUUCCUCCUUUUCCAGCCAAACUCCGGCGAGUAUAAAAGAGGAAGAAGGCAGCCCGGAGAAAGAGCGCCCACCAGAGGCGGAGUACAUCAACUCCCGCUGCGUCCUCUUCACCUAUUUCCAGGGGGACAUCAGCUCCGUGGUGGACGAGCACUUCAGUAGGGCUCUGAGCCAGCCUAGCAGCUAUUCCCCAAGCUGUACAAGCAGCAAAGCACCGCGGAGCUCCGGGCCCUGGCGGGAUGGCUCCUUCCCGAUGAGCCAGCGCAGCUUCCCCGCCUCCUUCUGGAAUAGCGCGUACCAGGCGCCGGUGCCCCCGCCGCUGGGCAGCCCGCUGGCCGCCGCGCACUCGGAGCUGCCUUUCGCCACAGCGGACCCCUACUCGCCGGCCGCGCUGCACAGCCACCUGCACCAGGGCGCGGCAGAGCCCUGGCACCACGCGCACCCGCACCACGCGCACCCGCACCCACACCACCCCUAUGCCCUGGGCGGCGCCCUGGGCGCCCAGGCCGCCACCUACCCGCGGCCCGCCGCCGUGCACGAGGUCUACGCGCCGCACUUCGAUCCGCGCUAUGGGCCGCUGCUGAUGCCCGCCGCCUCGGGGCGCCCGGCCCGCCUCGCGACCGCUCCGGCACCUGCGGCCGGCAGCCCGCCCUGCGAGCUCUCGGCCAAGGGCGAGCCAACUGGUGCAGCGUGGGCUGCGCCCGGGGGACCCUUCGCGAGCCCCGCCGGGGACGUGGCCCAGGGUCUGGGCCUCAGCGUGGAUUCAGGUUUGCAGCCUCAGGACAAAAGCAAGGAUCUGUACUGGUUUUAGACAACCCACCUUCUUCCCUCUCGUCGUUAUUCCCUCUGUGGUGCAUCCCUCCUGAGCUGAUCUGCUGACCCAGGGUUCCCCCUUCCCUUUCCCUUCUGAGCAACCAGGAGGCUCAGCAUCUGUGCCUCUCACUUCAGGGAUGAGGACAUGAGAGAAGGCAGAGACUUCAAACUUCUUCAUGUGUCGGGAAAACCAAAACACACACCUCAGAAAUUUCAUCUAAAAAUAAUUCCUUCUGCCGAAAGAGCACAUCCAAAGACUCUGAAUUAUUUUUAACGACUUUUGGGCAAAUCACUGGAAAUAUCUGUGGUCAGAUCACUUAGGUGAUUAUACGUUUUCUCGGAAGGAGGGAAAGAAAGAGAAUUUUUGGUGUGAAUAUUUUUUAUGCUGAUGUGAAUUAUUUCAUUAAGUGGUGUGAUCAUAGCACUACUGAUGUCAAUAUCCUCAGAUUUAAAAUGUAUUUGUAUUUGCAUCGAAGACUGUGGUAGAGAAAAAGAAAUCAAUUCCUUCUUCCUCACCUAUCUAGCCUCCAGCUCCUUUCCUGCCCAUUCCCUCCCUACAACCCCACCCCGUCCAGACACAAAGACACACUUUUUUCUUUGGAUUGUGAACAUGGAAGCCUCAGCCUGAAUGUGAGUGGCAAGUGGCUUAUCUGGAGCCACCUGCCCAAGUCUUACUGAAAUGCAGCUGUUGUAGGACAACUGUUUAAAACUCCAGAAAUACAUCGACCAAGGUGGCACUUCCCAGUGUUUGGCACAACAAUUGCAAUUGCACUGGAUAUAUUUUAUAUGUGCGUGUACAUAUAUCAUAUUUUUUACAAGGAACAUUUUACGGUGAAAGAAGAAACCCUUCUCUGCCUUCUUUCCCACAAAUUCUGAUCCUCACUCUAUCCUCCACUGGAUGAAAAAAAGCAACAAGAUACCCCAACUGUUUCCACGAAGAAGAACUAGGAAUCAACACAAGAAGAGGGAAUGUUCCAUGGAGUCUUUAAUACCUCGAAUAUGUUUCUUAGUCUCUGUGGUCAUGAGUUGGUCAAUGUAGUGUUGGGACAGGGGAAGGGGUCUGUGCGUGGGCAAAGCUGACGGUGAUGAGGAAGAAGAAACAAACAUUAAAAAUGUCUGUUUACUGUAAGGUCGCUGUGUUGUUUCAUAAAAAGAAAAUGUCU